GCCGGCGUUACUAUCGCUUUCCCGUGGACGCUUUCCCGUGAACGAUUUCCAAGCCGCAUGAUGAGAGCGAACAUAUCCCGGAUUCUAGGUGCGGGAUUUGACGGCUUAUCGAAGGCUACGCGCAGGUUUUAGUGGCGGGAGUCGCAGAAUUAGCGGCUUGGGAGCCAAGCAACGUGCUGGAAUCCCCGGCUUGUGCUGGACUCGCCUCUUGCGGCGGUUGGACGGAACAAAUAUCGAUGUGGACCAUUUUUUUUUAUCUCGGAACUGCAGUUUCCCAGAAACCCCAACAAUCUCCAAGUUUCGUGACGCACCCGCCAUCGUCACAUUUGUCUGUGUAUUCGGCUUUGGGGAGUUCUUUCAUUCACAUUCCUUUGCACUGUCCGUGUUCUACCACGUACAGCCAGCAUGCUGUCGCAGAGAUUAAUAGGCCGCGCCGCGGUCAAGUCCGCGUUCAAGCCGUCAGGCUUACCGUCAAUUGUCUCCGCGUCGCGAUGGAGCAGGAUGUAUGCCACCGAGGCUGAGAGGGACCUCGUCAUUAUCGGCGGCGGUGUCGCCGGCUAUGUCGCCGCCAUCAAGGCUGGCCAGGAGGGUAUGAAGGUUACAUGUAUCGAGAAACGCGGCGCCCUCGGCGGUACUUGCCUCAACGUCGGCUGCAUCCCAUCGAAAUCGCUCCUCAACAACUCGCAUUUGUACCACCAGAUCCUGCACGACUCAAAACAUCGCGGUAUCGAGGUCAACGACGUCAAGCUCAACCUGAAGCAGAUGAUGAAGGCCAAGGAGCAGUCGGUCGCGGGCCUGACCAAGGGCGUCGAGUUCCUGUUCAAGAAGAACGGCGUCCAGUACCUCAAGGGCAUCGGCUCGUUCCAGGACGAGCACACGGUCAAGGUGCAACUCAAUGAUGGCGGCGAGACGAGCGUCAAGGGCAAGAACAUUCUGAUUGCGACGGGCAGCGACGUCACCCCGUUCCCCGGCCUCGAUAUCGACGAGAAGAAGGUUAUCAGCAGCACCGGCGCCAUUUCCCUCGAGGAGGUGCCCAAGAAGCUGGCGGUGAUUGGUGGUGGCAUCAUUGGUCUUGAGAUGGCGUCGGUGUGGUCUCGUCUGGGCGCCGAGGUUACCGUCGUCGAGUUCCUUGAUGUCAUUGGCGGUCCCGGCAUGGACACCGAGAUUGCCAAGAAUAUUCAGAAGAUCCUGAAGAAGCAGGGCAUCAACUUCAAGACGGGCACCAAGGUCGUCAGCGGCGACAAAACUGGCGAGAGUGUCAAGCUCAACGUCGAUUCGGCCAAGGGCGGCAAGCCCGAGACGCUCGACGCUGACGUUGUCCUGGUCGCCAUCGGCCGCCGCCCGUACACGGCCAACCUCGGGCUCGAGAACAUUGGCCUCGAGCUCGACGAGCGGGGCCGCGUGAUCAUCGACUCGGAGUACCGCACCAAGAUCCCGCACAUCCGCUGCGUCGGCGACGUGACGUUCGGCCCCAUGCUUGCGCACAAGGCUGAGGAGGAGGCCGUGGCGGUUGUCGAGUACAUCAAGAAGGGCUACGGCCACGUCAACUACGGCUGCAUCCCCGCCGUCAUGUACACAUUCCCCGAGGUGGCGUGGGUGGGCCAGUCGGAGCAGGACCUCAAGAAGGCGGGCAUCAAGUACCGGGUCGGCACGUUCCCCUUCAGCGCCAACUCGCGCGCCAAGACGAACCUGGACACGGACGGUAUGGUCAAGAUGCUGGCCGACCCGGAGACGGACCGGUUGCUGGGCAUCCACAUCAUCGGCCCCAACGCAGGCGAGAUGAUUGCUGAGGGCACGCUGGCACUCGAGUACGGGGCGUCGAGCGAGGACAUUGCGCGCACCUGCCACGCGCACCCGACGCUCGCCGAGGCGUUCAAGGAGGCGGCUAUGGCGACGUACUCGAAGCCGAUCCACUUCUGAUGAGUUGAGUGGAGUGGGAUUGCGCGGCGGAGUGCGGGCCGGCGUAGCGGUUUUUCUUGUGUACCUGUGUACUUUAGCUUUGUUUUCCAUCUUCAAGGCAUCAUCAGUAAAUGGGCUUGGCUGGACAGCAGGAUUUUGAGAGUCUAAAAAGCCUAAUAUAGUCAAGCAGGCGAGCAGCGAGUUUUGUGUUUGCGUUUUCGAUGCGAUGUUUGCUGGGGGAUAUCCUUAGAUGGUGGACGGGGUUUAUAGCAAGCUGCCGUGUGGCAUGUGGGAAGAUAGAUAUUCACUUUGUUCAAGCAACGAGUAUAUCUUUCCUUACAGAUAUGUUCAUUGCUUGCUGUGUACGGAGCAGCGUACUAUUACUUAGUAUUGUAGUAGACUCACCCGAGGGCAUAAGACGAAGAAGGGCAGGAACGUCGAUUACAU